AUGGCUCUCAAGAUUCCCGUCGAAAAGGGCUGGCAGUAUGCCCAACUUACGCCUUCCCACACCGAAUGGGCCACCUGUCAAUCCUUCCCCACUUCAGUCCAUGUCGAGCUGCUCAAAGCGGGGAAAAUUCCUGAUCCCUACAUCGGGUUACACGAGUGGGACGUUCAGUGGAUCGGAGAGUCGGACUGGGCAUUUAAAACGGCUCUCGACUUAACGAGCGAACAGUUGCGUGAGCCUCAUGCCGAUCUGGUCUUCGAGGGAUUGGAUACGUUCGCGACCGUGUUUAUCAAUGGCCAGGCGGUGCUCGAGACGCAGAACAUGUUCAUGACGUAUCGUGUCGGCGUGAAGAAGGCUCUGAAGCCUGGCGUCAACGAGAUCUAUAUUCGAUUUGCUAGUGCCUUCAGGAAAGGAAGGGCAUUGGAAGAGGGGCAUGGCAAGAUGAAGCUCUGGAAUGGCGAUUCCAGCCGGCUCCACAUCCGCAAGGCUCAGUACAACUAUGGGUGGGAUUGGGGCCCCGUCCUCAUGACCGUCGGGCCUUGGCGACCCAUCAUUCUAGAAACGUAUACGUCGCACAUUUCCGACCUCCGUGUGAGCUCUCUUGUCGACCGUGACCUCACUACCACUGUUACCACAACAUUCGACAUUGAUGGGGUUUCCUCGCCAGGAGCUACGGCUCAAAUUGUUCUGAAAGCACCCUCAGGUAAGGUGGUAAAGACCGAGGCAAUCAAAGUCGAGGGUGGGAGAGGAAAGGUGAUUUGGAAGUUUGCUAAGGGUGACCUCAAGCUCUGGUAUCCCAUCGGCUAUGGGAAGCAGCCCUUGUACAUCGUGGACGUGCAACUUGCUGACUCUCAAGGAGCGGCUCUGAAUGCAGCUAGCCAGAAGGUCGGUAUAAGGCGUGUGGAAGUGGUGCAGCGACCUCUGCAGGACGAUGAAGGAAUGACUUUCUUUUUCGAGGUUAACAAUAUCCCGAUCUUUUGCGGUGGUUCUAACUGGAUUCCUGCGGACAACUUCCUCACCGACAUUACACCCCAGCGAUAUCGUGACUGGUUGCAGCUGAUGGUGGAAGGAAACCAAAACAUGGUUCGGGUUUGGGGUGGUGGGAUCUACGAGCCAGACGUCUUCUACGACAUCUGUGACGAACUUGGUAUUCUAGUCUGGCAAGAUUUCAUGUUUGGCUGCGGUCAGUACCCUGCAUAUCAAUCCCUGAUCGACAACGUCAAGCUUGAACUGGAAUGCAACGUGAAGCGCCUCAGACAUCACCCAUCUCUCGUUAUUUUCGCGGGGAACAAUGAGGACUACCAGCUUGCCGAAGCUUACAAGCUCGAUCUUGACUAUGCGGACAACAGUGGCAAGAAGGACUUCACGAAGACCGACUUUCCAGCAAGAGAGUUCUACGAAAAGAUCAUGCCAGAGAUUGUUGGACGUCUCAGUGAUACGCAUUACCACCGCUCCAGUCCCUACAGUGGAUUUGGCAAAGAUACAAGGGACCAGAAGCAUGGCGACUUGCAUCAGUGGAACGUUUGGCAUGGCUCACAGGAACCUUGGCACAAUUGGGACAUACUGGCCGGCCGAUUCGUCUCGGAAUUUGGGAUGCAGGGUUAUCCAGAUAUACGAACCGUUGACUACUGGCUAGGCGGGGAUGCUGCUGAGCGCUUCCCUCAAUCUCGCACCUCCAACAACCAUAACAAAGCUGACGGCUUUGAGCGGAGACUUGAACUGUAUCUCAUGGAAAACUUCAAGCACGCAUUCGACAUGGAAAGCUAUGUGUAUUAUACCCAGGUUAUGCAGGCGGAGACCCUCGCUGCGGCAUAUCGCUUGUGGCGACGCAACUGGAGAGGACCAGGGAAGGAGCAUACGGCGGGAGCGUUGGUCUGGCAGAUCAACGACUGCUGGCCGUGCACUUCGUGGGCCAUUGUGGACUACUUCCUACGGCCGAAACCCGCGUUCUACUCUAUCGCGCGUGAGAUGAGGCCAUACACAGUUGGCAUGACGCGAAAGGAGCACAAGACGUACCAGGAUCCACUCAGUGCUGAUCAGUUUAUCAUCAACACGGAGCUGCAAGUCUGGGGUUGCAACUCCACUUUGGUGCCGAAGAAAGUCAAACUCCUUGUCGAAGCGUUCGAUUUGAACUCAGACUUUACGCAUUCUUCCUCCCAGGAAGUUGUACUGGCACCGAACUCCAGUACAGAACUCUACAAGGGCGAAGUUCCAGGCCAACCAGUACGUACCAAGUUGAGCGAAGUUCCUAGAACCAUCGUCAUUUCGGCACGGAUAUUGGAACCAGACGGCACCGUUGUGGCUCGCUACGCUAACUGGCCCGAGCCAUUCAAGUACAUCCAUUAUCCAACCUUUAGCGAAGUUGGGUUGAACAUCAAGACGGUCGGGGAUGGUGAAACGCUGGAGAUAAGUGUAAAAAAGCCGAUCAAGGGUUUGAUAUUGGAUGUUGUUGGUGAGGAAGUAAAGUGGUCUGACCAGGCUUUGGACCUUAUUCCCGGCGACGUUCAGACUGUGAAGGCGGUAGGGCUAGCCGGGCGCAGCGUCAAAGCCCGCUUCCUUGGGGACGGCACCGCCUGA